AUGGCGACCAUGGAGAACGCGAUCGUGCUCGUGAACCGCAUCCAGCGCGCCUGCACCGUCCUCGGCGACCACGGCGGCGGGGACGGCGCCGCCUCCCUCCCCACCCUGUGGGAAGCGCUCCCUUCCAUCGCCGUCGUCGGCGGCCAGAGUUCGGGGAAAUCAUCGGUGCUGGAGAGCAUCGUGGGGCGAGACUUCCUGCGUCGAGGCUCAGGAAUCGUGACGAGGAGGCCACUGGUGCUGCAGCUGCACAAAAUGGAGGACGGGAUGCAGGAGUACGCCGAAUUUCUGCAUAUGCCCAAGCACCGCUUCGCUGAUUUCUCUCUUGUGCGGAAGGAAAUCCAAGACGAAACUGACAGGUUGACGGGGAAGUCAAAGCAAAUAUCUCCAGUUCCACUUCAUCUCAGCAUAUACUCUCCACAUGUGGUCAACUUAACAUUGAUUGAUCUGCCGGGUCUAACAAAAGUUGCCAUAGAGGGGCAGCCUGAAAGCAUAGUCCAGGAUAUAAAAAAAUUGGUGCGCUCAUAUGUUGCUAAGGGCAGGAAACAUAAAGGUCCGAAACACCCUUAAAUUAAGAGAACGAGAAAUCAAAUUUCAGCUACUAGAUCAACUUUGGAUGUUCAAUGCUGUAUACUAAGGUACAACGAAAAGGUGGGACUUUGGUAGGGCAUAAGAGUAAAUGGCAUAAUUCAGGAGUCUUUUGGUGCCUUUUGUUGGUGGAUAUGAGCCAUUAGCUAUGUAGAUUCAAUCCAAUGGCUUAGAUUACUGUUUCUCAUUCCCCUAUUUUAAGCUAGCUCUCAUUUGACAUGCUCCCCAUUCUGACACAGUUCCCUUCUUUUGGUUCACCUAGUAUAUUUCUUGCCUGAAGGAUCAUCUUAAAUUUCUUCAGGUGAAAGGUCCUUUUGUGUGUUGACUAAGCUUGAUUUGAUGGACAAGGGUACAGAUGCACUUGAUGUUCUUGAAGGAAGAUCUUACAGACUGCAGCAUCCAUGGGUUGGAAUUGUAAACCGUUCACAAGCAGAUAUCAACAAGAAUGUUGACAUGAUUAUUGCUAGGCGAAAAGAGCAAGAGUUCUUUGCUUCUAGUCCUGAAUAUUCUCAUCUAGCCAGCGGGAUGGGUUCAGCAUAUCUUGCUAAACUUCUUUCACAGCACCUAGAGGCUGUGAUCAGGGCACUCAUUCCAAGCAUAACAUCUUUGAUAAAACUAUUGAUGAACUUGAAUCUGAGAUGGAUCACCUUGGUAGAUCUAUUGCCUCUGAUGCUGGGAUAGUCUUACUGAGCUGAGCUAAAGUGCAUCAGAAUUCAAAGGAAAAAGGAACAUCAUGUAUGUGCUUUUGCAGGCUCAAUUAUACCUCAUCUUGGAGCUUUGCCGUGCAUUUGACAAAAUAUUUAAGAACAUCUUGAUGGAG